AAAAAGAGGGCAAAACCCGAGACGGAGCAGCCUGACGGAUCGGGCACCCCGUAUACAAUCAUCGACAUCAACGAACGGAAAGCCAACUCCCAAGUGCCAAGUCGCUGACUCGCCGACCACCCUAUCUACGACGCUUGGCCGCCGUACAGCAGUCCUCACUCGGUCACUCCUCCCUUCAUCAGCCUUUUGGUGCGCCCCGAUCUGCCUACUGUGAUUCAGAGCUUCGGCCAAUCGGCCCUUCUCAGUUUUCACUUUCAGACUUCACGCUUCAACAGCAGGCGCGGCCCUGGCCCUCUGCAUGAGAUGUGGGUGAACAGGGCUCCAGUUUGAAGAGGAGCCUCAUUUUUUAACACCCUCAAUACUAAUUAGGGGGGAUACGAAGUAAUAUAUUUAUUAAGCUUUGGUUUGCGACUCUCCGAAACAUGAAAUUGCUUCCUUUAUUGAUUCGCUUAUCGCUUCAACUUUCGUUUAUCUUGGCUUCUCUUCACUAGCUCAUGGCGUGCAAGAGACUGUUCGCCUGAGAGUGUAUGAGAAGUGCAGUCUCUGCUAGACUCCGAAAGGCGCAAUCACUCCUCAGAUCUGAGAGAUUAUGAACCAAGACUUCACUAUUAGGUUACACCGUUACCGUAAGAAUGGUCCUCCAAUAUCUCAGGGCUGGGUCUGUGCAGCAUCUGAGAGUUUCUGCCUCCACACUCAUUGAUGGCAUCUUCCUCACCCAACACAAGCUCAUAUGCUUUCUCACCCAAACUGAUCCUCAUUCAAAUCCCAGUACUUCUUCGUCCUCUUCACACUGCAGUUUUAUCAUCCAAAGAGUUUGCUCUUUGGUUUACCAGUCUUAUAACAAUCAAGAACAUAGUCACUUGAAAUCAUCACAUCAAAAACUGAGAUUGCCUAUCGAUAUCGAAAUAUUGACUCCAGAACAAUGCAUUACUGUCGUGGCUUCUCUGGCUGAUGAGGCAGGCUCAGUGGCUGCCUUGGGUUUCUUUUAUUGUGCAAUUGAAUAUCCAAAAUUCCGGAGCUUUAUGCGGCUUUACAUAGUUUCAUCAAUGUGUUUGAUGAGAAAUGGGAAUUUUGAGAGAGCCUAUGAAAUCAUGCAUUGCAUGGUCAAGAAUUUUGGUGAGAUUGGGAUGUUGGAGGAAGCUGUAGAUAUGGUUUUCGAAAUGUGUAACCAAGGAUUGGUUUUUACUGCGAGGACUUUAAACUGCAUUAUUAGUGUUGCUGCUGAAGUUGGGUGUAUAGAGAUUGCCGAGAAUGUGUUUGAGGAAAUGUGUGAAAGAGGCCUUUGUGCAGAUUCUUUUUGUUUUAAGUCGAUGGUAGUUGCUUACUGUAAACUAGGGAGAGCUGCGGAUGCAGAUAGAUGGAUGAUUGCAUUGCUCGAUAGGGGUUUUAUCGUGGACAAUGCAACCUGUACAUUAAUUGUGAGCGUGCUUUGCCAAAAGGGAUUUGUGAAUAGGGCGUUUUGGAUCUUCAAUAGGUUAACUGUACUGGGCUUGACUCCAAACUUGAUUAAUUUUACUUGUUUGAUAAAUGGGCUGUCUAAGAAAGGCAGUGUUAGACAAGCAUUUGAGUUGUUAGAGGAAAUGGUUGCAAAAGGUUGGAAACCCAAUGUGUUUACCCAUACAUCAUUAAUUGAUGGCCUGUGUAAGAAGGGCUGGACUGAGAAGGCAUUUAGGCUUUUCUUGAAACUAGUGAGGAGUGAGGCUUACAAGCCAAACGUGCAUACAUAUACUGUGAUGAUCACUGGAUAUUGCAAGGAGGAAAAAUUGAAUCGCGCAGAGAUGCUUCUUACUAGGAUGCAGGAGCAAGGGUUGGCCCCGAAUGCUCAAACCUAUACUUCUCUCAUUGAUGGGUAUUGCAAAGUAGGCAAUUUCAGUCGUGCUUAUGAGUUGAUGGAAGUAAUGAAGAACGAUGGAUUGUCACUUGGUAUUACUACAUACAAUUCUGUCAUUAAUGGACUCAUGAAGAAGGGAGAAGUUCAAGAAGCAUAUAAAUUGCUGAAGAAAGCAUUCAAAGCUGGACUCUCUGCAGACUUAGUGACAUAUACCAUUCUCAUAUCAGACAGUUGUAAAGGCACUGACAGUAGGCUAGCCUUUGCAUUUUGGUGUAAGAUGAUCAAACUUUGUAUCAGCCUUGACAUACAUACAUACACCACAUUAAUUGCAGUCCAAUGCAGGCAAAAGAUGAUGAAAGAAAGCGAAAAGCUUUUUGAUGAUGCAGUUAGAUUAGGUUUGGUUCCAACCAAGGAAACCUUCACAUCAUUGAUAUCCGGAUACUGUAGAGAUGAAAAAAUCAGUUCAGCUAUGAAGUUCUUUGAUAUCAUGCGAGAAUAUGGUUGUGCACCUGAUUGUGUUACUUAUGGUGCUCUGAUUAGUGGUCUAUGCAAGGAGUCAAUGUUGUAUGAGGCCAGAAACCAGUAUGAUUCAAUGAUGGAUAAAGGAAUUACCCCCUGUGAAGUCACACGGUUAACAAUAGUGUAUGAGUUUUGCAAGAAGGAAGACCCUUCCACUGCAAUGAUCCUCUUAGAUGGAUUAGAAAAAAAAUUAUGGACUCGUACAAUCAAUACGUUGAUCCGAAAGUUGUGCAGUGAAAAGAAAGCUGACAUGGCUUCAAUGUUUUUCCACAAAUUGUUAAAUAAACGCCAAACUGUCGAUCAAAUAACUCUUAAAGCCUUCAUGACUGCAUGUUAUGAUGGCCACAAGUAUGAUCUUCUCUCCCAUGUAAACAAAAGGAUUACAAAAGAUCAUCUUUGCUCUUCUGUUGUACAGUUUGAGGAGUCAAAAUGCUAGAACCAGGCAAAGUUCAAGAGAUAUGCUACUUUUUUAUAUAUAUAUGGAGCGGUUUCGGUAAGAACGGACUCCCAGGAGAGAAAUAAGAACGAAUCUGGAUCGUUGGAUUGUAUUAUGUGAAACGGAAAUGUGCAUUUGAUGAAACUGAAAUGUGUAGAAUAAAAAUUUAAACUCAAUUGUGCAUUGGGUGAAAUUGAAAUGUGCGGAAUAAAAUGUACAAAAAUAACAUCAUAUCGUACCUUUUAUUCUGCACAUUUCAGUUUCACCUAGUGCACAUUUCAAUUUCACCUAAUGCACAACUCACCUUCACUUAAUGACAUUGUAUCAUACGCUUUGUGUUGCACAUUUCAAUUUCACUUAAUGCACAUUACAGUUUCAUCUAAUGCACAUUGAAUUUCACUUAAAGCAAAUCUAACGGUUCAGAUUCGUUCUCAUUUCUCUCCUAAGAUCAUGUUCUUAUAUAGAAAAGAUCAGGUGAGAAGUCCCUCUUAAAAUGAGAAGUGAGAAGUAAUCUCAGCCCUUGGAUUUGCAUCUAAUCUUAAAACGCAGUAAACUUGUAGACUGAAAUAAGAACUUAUAACCAAUAAAUCAUAACUUAUAAAGCUUUCCAUCAUAAUUACGAAAAUGCCACUGUAUCUAAAAAUUUUCAAGGUUUCCAGGCUUAUUUUUUUGCGGUGGCAUUUUCGUAAUUAUUUUCGAUGGUGUUUAUAAGUUAUGAUUUAUUGGUUAAAAGUUCGAGGUGAGAAAUGCCCUUAGGCUGAGAACUGCGAAGUUUAACUAAUAGACUAAACACACGAACUUUUAACCAAUAAAUCAUAACUUAUAGACCCCGUCGAAAAUAAUUACGAAAAUGCCACCGCAAAAAAUAAGCCUGGAAGCCUUUAAAUUUUUUGGACGCGGUGGCAUUUUCGUAAUUAUGAUGGAGAACUUUAUAAGUUAUGAUUUAUUGGUUAUAAGUUACUAUAUUCAGUCUAUAAGUUCACUGCGUUGCAAGAUCACAUGCAAAUCCAAGGGCUGAGAUUAUUUCUCACUUUCAUUUUAAGGGGCACUUCUCACCCGAUCUUUUCUCUCUCUCUCUAUAUAUAUAUGUAUAUAGGGAAUAAAUCAGAUGAGAAGCUUCCUUAGGCUGAAAAAUGAUAAGUAAUAGAAGCCGAACGAUUAGAUCAAAUCUCACGGCUCUCAUCUGCUCCCACUUAAUAAUUAAAUGAUUUCUUAUACAUAGUUUCAUUUAUUCCUUUUAUCACGACUUUCUCUCUCCGUAUUCGAUUCUCUUCUCAUCUAUCUCUCUGCUUCAGUAUAAUUUUUCUCUCCGAUCAACUACAAAAGACGAAAUCAUUGGCCAAUCGCUUGAAAAUUCUUCUUUCGUAUUUCUUCGUAGAUCCAAGUUGGAGGAGUUCGCACCUGAGCAUGCUCUGUUUGUGUAAACCUAGAUUAUAUUUUCGUUUCCUCUAAGCUUGAUGGAGAUUGAUGAAGUUUCAACGAUGAUUUCAGAAAUUUAAAAGUAACAGAUCGAUGCCAGUGCAACUUGGAAUGAAGUCAUUUUGGAUGUUGGUCUUGAACUGGGGUAUAAAAGUCAACUACAAAAUCCACAAAUAAGAUAUGGACAUACAAAACACAGUUGAAGAAAAGAAGGAAAGGAGAAAGGGCAAAAAAUAAAGAGGUCGUGGUGUUAGAAAGCAGAAAGUUUAUUAAUCAAUUACAUGUUUUUUGUUCCAAAUUUGAAUGUAAUGUAUUGAAAGUUUUCAAGAUAUAGUUUUGAUGGGAUAUUAAGACCCGGCCCAAUACGGCGGCCUAAAAUAUCCCUGAAGCCCAGGCGCAAGGAAAGGCCGAGGGAGAAUCACCAGGCCCCGUUCAGCACAUCCCGAAUGGGAUAUAAUUACUACUUGGGUAAUUAGCUUAUUCCUGAUUGAUGGCUUAGCCGAACUUAAUCCCGAACGAACAUUGCACGAGUAACUGACAACAGUUAAUGUUGGAUCAUGGGGGCGUCAAGUGGCAUGUGAGGCAACCAAUCAUAUUAGAGCACCCCAUACUCCCAUCUAGUAUAAAUAGCAGCAUUUAAUUCAUCGUAAGAGUUAUAUUUUGUUUACUCUCAAGCUUAUAUUGUAUUCUAGCUCUUGUAUUAGCCUCUAGACCGUAACUACCGUUCGACCAUUUCCCUGUAAUCACUAUUACUGUGUUAAUAAAAGCAAGACUAUUUGAC